AGUGGCCAUUCUAGUUACUUUCCUGGUGGCGCUUCUAGGCAUUGAAUCCUCCCCGUACGCAUCAAAACUCGCGUACCAACGUCUUGCGGGUUGUAGGCAACGUCUCAAGUUUUGCAACGGCUUUUCGCACAACGCUGCUCUCUCGCUAACUUGUGCCCACAAAUUCUACCGCCACCACAACGUUCCCUUCUCUCGCGAUUCAACGGCACAGGUCUUUCUCCUUCGAAAUAACCGCAUUCGUCCUCUUCCACACACACCAAACGAGCAAUUCCUUUUUUAAUAGUACUCAAAGACUGCAUGAUAAAGAGAGCUGAACUAUGGCGUCGUUAGGCAUUGAGGCGUGCAUCUCACAGGCAAUGACGGCGGACGGCACUGCACCGGCCGAGGUGAAGGACGAGCUGUGCUCCUACUCCCUUUUAACGAUUUGCACGGCGAUGAAGGAGUAUUUGUGCGACGUGGAGAAGGUGCAGCCAGCAAUGCGACUGUUGGCCUCCACCGCCGUUGAUCGGGAGGAUCUUAGCGAGACAGAUGUUCAACUCCUCUUCGCAUUUUUCUCAGAAAAGCUUUCGCAGUUGGAGAACCAGACGGCGGCUCUCAGUUGUCUGGCGCUGCUUAUUUCCAACAUUUGCACCCGCCACCGGUGCACCACGGCGUGGUUCAACACAGUCGCGCUUCCCUUCAUCCAGCAUGUACGAGUGCAGCAGCUGCCGUUGAACUGCCGCAAGCAGUGCUUCUGCAUAAUGACGUUUCUUUUCACCGAGGCGACGCUGCCCGCGUGCGGAAGCGACCCCCUCGGCGCUCUUCUUGAACUUUUGGAUGGGGAGAGCGACCCCGAACUGGUGCUGCAGACCUUCGACCUGCACGUAAUCAUCGCAACCCACGCUACCCAUGAGGCCUUCUCGCCUGUUCGUGACGAUUACUUUGAGAGCGUCUCCAGCUACUUCCCCGUGGUCUUCUCGCAGCCGCCAAACUGCAAAGUGACGAAGGCGGACUUGCGCAACCACUUAAAGCGGUGUCUCUGCCUCGCGGUGUACAGCGAGUGCUGCGUGCCUUUUAUGCUAGGCAAGCUGGCCUCACCAUCUAUCGCGGUCAAGGAGGACGUCAUCGAUGCGCUGCUCACGUGCUUUGACACCUACCAACAUGGCGUGAUGGCGCCUUUUUACUCGUCGCUGGUGGUGCACAUGAAGAAUGAGGUGGUGAAGCUGUCGUCCUUCUCUGACCGCGCAUCGAGUCCGACGCUAACUAAAUGCAUCUGCAUGUGCUGCGAGAUUCUGGGGCGAAUCAGCAAGGUUUUCGGGGCGAAGAACCAAGCGGAGGCGCUCCAAAUCUUCGGUCCUGUUUUGGAGGGUUUUUUAUCCGCCCUCUCCGCCGACACGUCCAUCAGCUCUGCGUACGCCACCAUGGUCUUCCACGUCCUCACAGGGUCGUGGAACUGCUGCAUCUUCGUCGCGGCCUACCUGUUCUCCAUGCUUUCCAUGUCACUCUCCGACGCGGAGCUGCCGGCUAACGCGUACAUAUUGUUUGCUGCCCUGGUGACGGGCAUGCUGGACGCGUUGGCGGCGUUUCCGAGCGAUGAUCACGUGGAGAGCAUGCGCGCCUGCAUCGAGCGGUCCACGCCGUCGGUCGCAGAGGCGGUGCGUCAGUGCACGUCGAAGUGGGGCCUGCCACCCUCCUCCCCCUCGUCGUUCAGCGAUAGUCUCGAUGAUUUCUCUGUUGUGUGCGGCUGUGAGUUUGUCGUGGCGGUGUUGAAGCUCUCCCUCCGACUGCGCCCGUGGCUGACCCCAGAUGUCGUCCGCGACGGCAUCGAUGCGCUGGUGUGGGCCGCCCUUUUUCGAUCCACCGAGGCGUCCGCGAAGGUGUGUAAGCUGCUGCGUGAAUUUGCAGAGCAGGACGGCAGGGGUGUGCGGGACGCCUUGGCCCGACUCCUGGCCGCCACUGAUGUCCCCGCCGAGACCGGCCUUGUGCUGGUGUGCGAGUUGGCGUGCUCCUGCACCGAUGCGCUGCUGCUCGCCUACGAGGAGGGCUUUCUGGCGUCGAGGUGCCCGUGGAUGAGUCCCAUCGCACCCGCCAAAAAGGCGCAGGCGUUGCAGAAGGCACUCGAUCACUUUGGCGACGCGUUGCAGGCGAGUGAGGCGGGGCGCAUGACGGCCAUCUUAACCCGCAGCGACGUGCCUCCCGACUACUUCCAGUGUGCGUGCUUCGUCGCACGAAAUCUGAGCGGCGCGGCGUGUGCACGUUUGGCAGCCGAUGACGUCACCAUGUCGCAGCUGGGCGUUGCGGCGGUGCUGGCCAGCCGUGUGGAGGUUCCAGACGCAGGGCCGCGGUGGUGCGCCGCACUCGCGCAACUCGUAAUGCUGACAAAGAGCGACGUUGCUGUCUGGCGCCGCGUGGGGAUGGAGGGGAUAACAGGGGCCGUCCUUCACGGUGUCGCCGGCGAUGUUCGCACGACGGUGAAGACGCUCCCCUCUGAGGCACGUCUGCUGGUGGAUGCUGCAGCGUUGUGGGGCGGUCUUCUCGCACACAACAGCAACAACGACGACGAAGGCAGCACCAGCUCGCGGCACACCGAACUCGUCUCGUCGUUCGCACUGGAAUACAUGCAGGGCGACGAUGUCACUGAUGGCGUUGGCGUUGACAGCGUCGUGGAGGCGUUCACCUACUUCCCGUUCUCCGCACAGCACAGCACGUCGCGACCUUCACUCUUGCACUUACUGCUCAAGACGGGUGCGGGUUCCUCGUGGCACUCGAGCACGACGUUCUGCACGGCCAUUCAAUGUCUGGUGGAAAGUGAGACGGACGAGCAGGUGCGUACGUGUCUUGCAGACCUCUUGGGUGUACUGAAUAGUCUCACGCAGAGCCGCGGCGCUGAGAAGGGCGCGCUUGCUCGAGCGUUGCUCUUCAGCAUUAAUUCGAAGUGCGGCGGCGACCCGUCCCUCGCCCGCUCCGUUCUCUUCUGCGACUCGACGAUGCGUGUGCUGCUUGAGGGUGUCUCCGACGCUGCGCUGGCGACGCGGCAACACAGCCUACAGCUUCUCACCUCUCUUGCCCGUGGUGCCGCUGCUGUGACGGGCGACUGCGCGCGGGAGGAGAAAGCAACUCUGGAUGGUGUGCGCGCUCGAGUCCUGGACACUGUCAAGCAGGCGUUGGGCGACCACAAGCGGAAGGUGCGCCAAGCAGCGGGCGCAUGCGGCCAUGAGUGGUACAAAGUGCGGUGA